AGUGGGAGGAGAGAUAAGGGGAGGGGAAGGAGGCGGAGGAGGAGGCGGAGAGAAAGGGAGGCGGAGGCGGUGGCGGCAGUGGUUUCUGAGGGACUGAGUAAGGGAAGGAAGAGGAGGAGGGGUGUGUGCGGGCGCCGGCGGAGCCGGGGCACCUCGGCUGGUGCAGACAGGGGCGAGCGGGCCGAGGUAGAGGGGCGCGGGGCCCGCGGCCGAGGCAGCGCCCGACGAGCCUGACUUGCCAUGAUGGAAGAAGAGCAGCAGAAGCAGCAUUCACACUGUGUGAAUUGUGUCAGUAGACGAUGCAUGGCUAGACCAGAAGCUGGGAUUUCCUGUGAUUUGAUUGGCUGUCCAUUGGUUUGUGGAGCAGUUUUCCACUCAUGCAAAGCUGAUGAACAUCGAGUAUUGUGUCCACUUGAAAGAGUGCCUUGUUUAAAUAAUGGCUUUGGGUGUCCUUUUACAAUUACCCGAAGUAAAAUUGCUGAACAUCUAGAAAUAUGUCCUGCAAGUGUGGUGUGCUGUACUAUGGAGUGGAAUAGAUGGCCAGUUAGUUAUGCAGAUCGAAAAUCUUAUGAAAAUCUAAGCAGAGAUGUUGAUGAAGUAGAACAACUAGACAUGGCAUUGGCCCUUCAGGACCAAAGGAUGCUCUUGGAAUCUCUCAAAGUUGCCACUAUGAUGUCAAAAGCAACUGAUAAAAUAUCAGAAUCCAAAGAACAAAUUCCAGUUAAAUCAAGUGUCCCUGAUGUACCACACACUAACGGUUUGGUGUCUGUUGAUGGAGAGUCUUAUGGUGCACUCUACCAAGCUACUGUAGAAACAACUAGAAGUUUGGCUGCUGCAUUAGAUAUCCUGAACACUGCUACACGAGAUAUUAGUAUGUUAAAUACAAGACUAUGUGCUUCUCCAAGUGAAAUGGACGAAGAACAAAAUUCUGCAGAAAGCUUGAAGAUUAAGAACUCAAGGGAUUGUGAAUAUCCAGAUGAAGAUGAAAUGGGAGCAGUUGGUGGAUUUGACCAUGAUAUCUCUGGUCAGAAUCCCCCAUCUGAACAAAAUGGCUCAAAUGAUUUCUGCUGUGACUUAAAUGAUAGUUUUGAUAGCACUUCUGCUUACUGUAAUGGCUUUCAUUUGGAUGAUAUGCAUACAGAGGUGAUGGACCACAAUGAGGAUUUUAGUAGUGAAUCAGAUCAAUGUAAUUUAACAAAUGGUGAAUGUGUACCUUCUGAUGAAGCUUUGCCUAGAGAAGGAAUACAAUCUAGUACUUUGCCAAAUGGAACAGUUCAGCAUGUCCUAUUACCAGAUGACUCCAGUGGAGGGGAAAUAUUAGAAAAUAAAGCAGAACAAGAAGGAUUGAGGAAUGUGGAUGGCCUUUCUUUAAUUCGGCUACAGUCAUUUAAAUUCUUGUCUAAUGCCUGUUGGGUCAAAGCAAAAGAAGAUAAAGCAGUAGAUACUGCAGACUUGGAAGUUACUGAGGACCCCAUGGGCCUUCAGGGAAUAGAUCUAAUCACAGCUGCAUUGCUGUUUUGUCUAGGAGAUUCUCUUGGUGGAAGAGGUAUAUCUGAUAGUCGUUUUGUUGAUGUCUGUCAUGUUGACUUUGGGACUCAAACUUUUUCACUUCCUUCUGCAAUUUUAGCCACAAAUACAAUGGUUGGGGAAAUAGCUUCUGCUUCAGCUUGUGAUCAUGCCAACCCACAGCUCUCAAAUCCAAGUCCUUUUCAGACACUUGGACUGGAUUUAGUAUUGGAAUGUGUGGCAAGAUACCAAGUCAAGCAACGUUCAAUGUUUACAUUUGUUUGUGGACAAUUAUUUAGAAGAAAAGAAUUUUCUUCUCAUUUUAAGAAUGUUCAUGGUGACAUUCAUGCUGGACUCAACGGCUGGAUGGAACAGAGGUGUCCUUUAGCAUAUUAUGGGUGUACAUAUUCUCAACGUAGGUUUUGUCCUUCAACACAAGGGGCAAAGAUUAUACAUGAUCGCCAUUUGAGAUCAUUUGGGGUUCAACCAUGUGUGUCCACAGUAUUAGUAGAGCCAUCUAGAAACUGCUUGCUUGGCUUACAUAGCGACCAUCUAAGUAGUCUUCCUUUUGAGGUCCUACAACAUAUUGCUGGAUUCUUAGAUGGUUUUAGUUUAUGCCAAUUUUCAUGUGUAUCACGGCUAAUGAGGGACGUGUGUGGCAGUCUGCUUCAGUCCCGUGGAAUGGUCAUACUUCUGUGGGAAAAAAGGAAAUACCCUGAUGGACAUUCAUCAUGGCAGAUACGAGAAAAGGUGUGGCGAUUCAGUACUGCAUUUUGUUCUGUGAAUGAGUGGAAAUUUGCUGACAUCCUUAGCAUGGCCGACCAUUUGAAGAAAUGCAGUUACAAUAUUGUAGAGAGAAGGGAAGAAGCUAUUCCAUUACCAUGUAUGUGUGUAACACGGGAACUCACUAAAGAAGGAAGAUCACUACGCUCAGUCUUGAAACCUGUACUUUAAAUGAUAAUUACUCCUUUUGCGCACAUACAAUCACACCUACUAUCACCUCUGUGUAAUAUGUGACACUUUAUUAAUGUACUAAAGAUGAUGUCUAGCUAAAUCUUGUCACUAUGUAUAUAAUGUUUUGAAGUGACAUUUAUUUUUUAUAAAAUAAGUACAAUUUAAUUGGAAGAAACAAUUUGCCUUAAUGUUUGAAACUUUUGAAACUUGCUGGACAGGAUAGUUUUUUCUAACUUAUGUUGGUCAUAUUUUUGUUGAAUAGAUAUUUAGAAUUAAUAUUUUUAAUGUGUGCACAUUUCAGAUCACAAAUUUUUUGAGUUUAAUACACUAACAAGAUCCUGACCAAAUGAUUUUAUACUUGUUUUCUGCAAGAUGUGACCCUUUGCAUUCAAAAACUGAAACAAUUAAGUUUGCAAUAUAUAUUUUAGAUUUUAAAGUAAGCUAUUUUAGUACUGCCAUAAAAACUCUGCGGCAUUCUUGUUCUUAGUACUUUCUUUUUAUAUUGAUGCAUAGGUGACCUAGAAUGUAUAGUUUAGAAAGAUAUUAAGCAGUGUGAUUGAAACAUUUAUUGUUUCUUUAAAAUACCCAAAGGUUAAUUAAUUACUUUUGUGUAUUUGUAAGAGUCACACAGAAAGCUAAACUAUUUCUACCUAUUUUUGUUAUAGCUAACACCAAACUUCAUGGAAAUAUAGUUAACAAGUUAAAGUAAAAUCAUAAAAGAUGAAUGCUUAAAAAAUCUUACAUACACAUUUACUUGAACUCAGAUACGUUCAUGAUAAUUAUUUUGCUAGAUGUUUGAUAGGGCUUUAAAAGAGGCAGGUAUGUUGCUUCUCAGCCUAUUUGGGCUAAGAUCAAAUGAAAAAGGGUGGGGAACAUAUACCUCGUUUUAGGUUUGUGAAUUAGGAAUAUCAGAUGCACAAAUUUUAAAUAUUCAAAGGGCUUAACUCACACAUUUUAUAGGCCUUACUUUUUUUACUUUUGUUAAAAAGUGCCACUGUAUGUUCUAAGGGGCAUCUUAAAAUAUCAGUAAACAGUAUAUUGUCUUCAUAGGACGACAGCCCAUUAACUACAUAAAUGCAUCUUAAGCCAUUCUCACCCACCUUUGAAAACACUACCAGAUAGUUUCUAUACAGUCUUCCAUAAUGGGAAAUGAAUAUAAUGUUUUUGGAUAGAAAUCAAGUAGUGUUAGGAAUAUAUCCUGUGAACAUAAUACUUGGAUAAUUUCAUUAUAGUUUUCAGCUUUCUGUGGACUGGUAUUGACCUGAUAAGGUUGAUGACUAAUGCCACUAUUUAGAAUGAGAAUGAAUAGAUCAGCAUUUGAGAAUAUUAAACUGGAAAGAUGGUGACACAUUUACUUUAAAUUUUCAGGGUGGAGGGCACAAAUAAUUUCUGGCACUUGGUAUCUUGCAGUAGUGGUAAUUUGCCAUCUCUACAUGUAUAAAUUCUGAAACAGUAAUGAGUCUUUUCAUGUCCUUUCCUAUGUCAGAUCCUGAGUGUGCUAUAUUUUUAUUAAGUUCUUUAUUCCCAUGUAUGGCAAUCAGGCUGGGCAGAAGCAUUCCUUGGCCACAGGAAAGGAGUUCUGCAACAGUUAAGAAUUGUUUUUGCUGAAUUGGGCCCUUAUUGCCGUUGAAAAUAUCAUACAACUGAAGAACAAUCAACUCUUUCUUUACCAGUCAUGUUAAGUAGUAUAACUACACUCAUUUCUCAGUGCCUAUACUUGGUUUGUCAUGUUUGAGAUGCUGAGUUGCAUAAGCAAAUAUUAAGUUUUCAUGAGAAAUCAGAAAUGAAAAUAACAGAUAAUAAAAGUCUGCUAUAUAAAAUAGUGCAGAUGUGGAAAAGAAAUGUGUAUAUAGUCAGGAUAACAAAACCAUUUCCGUUUGAUUUUGUCAUGGUACGAAUUUAGUCUGUUGAGUUUAUGGUCACAAACCUCUUGUGUUGAUGUAGAUUCCCAGGGUACAUUUUGUGUCUCAUAUCUGCAGUAACAUUUUUUGUUUGUGUGAUAUACCAUAUUUCCAUGUUAUGAUUUGGUUUUGUUAUAUUGCCUGUUCAGAUUCUAAUAAAAUUAACAUUUGUUUCCCCUUUAUGUGGCUCAAUAGCUUUUCAAAAACCUGAAUGAUGUAAUUUGUUUUAUUUGAGACAGUUUGGAGUUUUUCAUGAUUAAGCAUCAAGUACUGUUGACUCUUAUUUCUGAUGUACAUCAUCUGCAUGCUGUCCAACUUACUCAUUGGCCACUUUCACCCUCCCGAGCUUCCUAGACUGGUCUGUGCAAAAGCCUUUUUUGUUUUCCUUUCCCCUCUGUUGUUCCUCAACUUAGGCAUGAAGAGGGUGGAGAUUAGAGAUGAUUAUUUUCAAAACUCUUCUCUGAUGAUAUAAGGGACCUGUCCUUAUUCUAUGCAAAAACUUUUUGUAAGAUAUUGGAAUGCCUGUCUUUUUAUUUUGUUUAUUGGCAUAAGAUUAGGAUUUGAAAAGUGGUCUUUUAAAAGGAAGCUUGUCAAAAGGGAGGCAUAAAGUCUGAAUUCAGAAUUAUCAGCUUGCGCAUUCUUUUUAAAGACUGUUGUCCUGUCUUUACUAUUUAUCCUGCUACCUACCUAAGAGAUUCAGUGAAAAAUUUGGGUCUGACUAUCCACAAUUCUGCAGUAUUACUGCUAAUACUUCUUUUCUAUUAGCACAGAUAAUUGCAAGUUAAUAUGUUAGGGAUUUAUUAGACUAAGAAAAUCAAAUAGCAGUAUAUAUGCAGGACAGCACUUUGUAAUUGUCUUAGCAGUUUAAGUCCCUGUGACAAAUGAAUUAUGUUCCUGAGCAUUUUAGUAACUAAUAGCCCAAUUUAAUUAAAAUGGAAUCAUUUCCAUAACGCAGAUUAAGAGGUAAUUUUGAUUUGGGUGUGUACUUGACUUACUGAUAUCUCCUUUGAAGAAAGUAAAUUGCUGUGUAAUUUUUUCUAAUUUGUUGAUGCUAUGCGAAUGUUGAUAUAACAUUCAUUUUACAACUAAAAUUUUAAAUGUUAUUUGUUCCUGGUAUGGACAUUCCACCUCAAGAUUUUAACAUAAGUAAAAAUUGUAAAAGGUAGCAAGAGACUGGAUUAACCCUAAAAAGGAACAAAAGGACUGUUUGAAGUUAAAGGAAAAGAUUCUCAGUAUCUCAUUAACCUAGAGACCUGAUGAGAGGGACUUUAUAUUAUAAAGAGACUUGGCACCUUUAGACUCUUUAGAUCUUGGGCCUUGUGCUGGUUCUAUUUUUCUUCUGUUUUAAUCUACUAUUUAAAUUUUAAGCCAGAGGAGGUUGAUGAUUUUCAAAUGUCAAGGACUUCAUUUAUAUGAAGACUUCUAUCUCUUCAAAACACAAUACAAAAUGUGUUUGAACAAAGUAUGAGGGUGCAAAACAAUUUGUAAGAAACAGAAUAAUUUCUUUAGCUAGGCAGUCUCAUAUAGACUGGAUCUUAACCUGAAAAAUCUUUAAUGAAAUUCAAAAUUAGCUGUACAAGGAUUUUAAAAUUGCUUAAAUUACCUACAAUUUUACUUCAUUCAGGGAUCUGGUGAUUGAAAAUAAAAUAUAUGAAAGUAAAGAAAGAUGAAACUACUUGUUUCUCUAUUGUGAUAAAACUACUCAUGGUUAAAAUUAAGUAAAUGAAAACUCUGAUGCCCUGUGGUACCAAACUCUCAAGUAUAACUGUGACUACCUUGUGUUUAGAUGCUGCUGUCUGAAGAUAAUCUUUACUUUUCACCACUCAUUAUCUAGACCUAGAAAACAAUGGAAUAUUAACUAGUUAGUUUUACUUUUUAACAAUUACUCAAAUACAAAUUUAUUCUAGUGUAUUAGAAAAAAUGUCAUGUGCAAAUUAGUAAUGGGUAUGGUUGCCUCUUACAAUUUUACACGUUUACAACUUGAUUUAAACAUGAAUGCAGGCUGUCUUUGUAAAGGCAAACUUAGAAUAGUUGACUUUUAAAAUAUGAGCUAGUUACAUAAAGAUCAUUUCCCUUCUUGAGUCACCAUUCAUUCAAUUGCUUGCAGUGACAUCCAGGCAUUUAGAACCUCCCCAAAUAGUUUUAUAGACUCUUUACAACACUCCAGUUUUAUAGAUAUGAAAAUAGGUGGUUGGGAAACAAGUUGUUGAACAGAUUUGGAAUUAAUGUGCAACCUGACUUAUGACUCCGUUCCCUGUUUUGCAGUACAGGUGGACUGGGGGAAACUGGUUAUAGUAUGGGAAAAUUGUUGGGAAUGUUAUGUUUUUGCUUUCAAUUUGGUCACUAGCAUCAGUAGAUAGGGAAGAAAAAUUAAGAAAGCAUCCUGCUUUCUUACUGUCAGAAAGAAGAAAAGGUGGUUUAUGGUAAGUGUAACAUGCUGGUUACUGAAACUUACGUAUUUAUUGUAAGCUGUUGGGCAUUUGGCAGAUUUUUUUCAGCUACUUUAUUAUAUAUCCUAAAUGUAGUUAUGAAAACUUUAUAAACUUGUAUGUGUGACCUCAUGUUGUAUGGGCCAAGACUGCCUCAUGAAUCUUAAUUUGUUUAUUCCUGUUACUGGUUUCUUCCUUUGUUUCUGUGUUCAUUUACCCUUUAAGUACAUAAAAGAAAGUGUAAAAUUAUGCUUUUUGUCUCUCCUCCUGCAGCCCUUUUAAUAUAAAUAGAUUUUAAGGAAAGCUCUGCAUCAUUAGAUACUGAGAUGUUUCUAAGUGAAUAUGCAUUUAUAUUGUUUUAUAUGCUUGCUAUGGAAGAUGAUUUUUCAUUAAUAUAGUAAUGAACCAAGGAAUAUGUUACUGGGGGAGCUAGUAGAUAUUUUUUAUGUGGACAGUAAAACCUCAUUAAGUUGGAAUUUGUUGUAUUUUCUUCAUACUCGGUGGAGGCAUUUUGUUUUGUUUUUGUACUAAUUAGAGGGAAAAGUGUUUUCUACAAAAAUUGAUAAGGUUAUAAAGGAGGAAAAGUGUGGAACUUGUUCAUAAGACUACUUUCGUAGUAGUGUGUGCUUGUAAAUAGUCAAUGUGCUAGUUGCAAAUUAUUCUUACCUGUUUAUUAUACCAAAAAUUAUCUAAAACAGGGUUGUAGUUCUGCAUGUACUUAUAGAAAAAUGUCAUUUUAUGACUUAGGUUCCAUAACUCAAACUUUUUACAAUGUUGAACUGAGCCAGCCACACUGAAGACAGCAUAUUGUGAGGUUUUAUCGUAUGCUUAAAUCUCUGGAAUCUUUUCAAGAAGUCUUUUAAAAUGGGGUAAUUUAGUGGGGCUUUGGUCUUAAGACCAUAGAGGAUUUACUGAAGAUAAGAAGAUGGAUUUAGAAUGCAUCUACCACCUUUAGCAAGUAAUUAGGGUAGUAUAAAUGAAGUACAAUUUCUAAUUUACAGAGGUGUGAAUUUAGAACUGUUAGCAGUCAUUUCUUACUGACAUCUCUCAAUCUAGUUACUAAAGUCUCUCAACUUACUAACAGGAUAGGCUUUUUCAUACUCCUCCCCCUCUUUUCUAUGUCACUUCGGUUCCAGCCUCCACUUAGCCUAUAAGAUUACCUUCUUAUGGGAUUGAAAUCUUUACAUUACUACUACCUGUCACCUAUCUGAUAAUGUGAUCAAGGACUUAAUGUGAUAGUGACACUAACAUGACAGUGGCAAGAAACUUUGGCAAUUAAAGUUAUCUCAGUCCUGGUUUUCUAGUGAUGGCCAGAGUAAAAUUUCUGUCUGUAGCACAUUUCAGACUCUUCAAGGAGUACACAGGAGUUAAGUUAUUUGGCACUGAUUCAGUUUUAGUUUUGCACAAGUCAUCUUUAUAUCCACUUAAAUUAAAAUUCAUGCACAGAUUCAUUAAGAAACAAACAGUAAAUUUAGAGAAGCUAAUGUAACAAUGCUUCACCAAAAUAACCUGAGAAAACAUUUCUCACCAUUGAAAAGUCGUCAGUUUGUGUAAAUCACAUUAGAUACUAAACAUAAGCAGAUUUUUUUUUGACUUUCAGAAUUGCCAAAUGAGAUGCUUAUUAGCUUUGUUAUAUGGAAGAAAAGAGGCAAAGGGGAAGCUAAAGAAAGAAUGUGGCUCUCCUACAGCAUGCCUACAGCUUUGUUAUGAUAGUAAUGGCAUAUUCACUUGGCUUUAUAUGCAGCUUUCAAAAUUUGUUGAAGUUAUACUAUAUGACGUGAUAGAAAACUAGUCAGUAUUUGAAUGCUUGAAUUGGGUUACAAAAGGUAGUUGCAGUACAUUACUAUAUUCAUUUAUUCAUCUUCCUUUUUAUUUCUUGAUACGGUAGUUUGACUUUUCCCUAAAGACAAAGGUGCAAUAUCCCUGGUUAUUUAAAAUUUUUUUUAAUUGAAGCUUACAACAUAUUUGGGUCAAGAUUAAGAAUUUGUUUAGAUACUUAGUAACUUGACAAGUUGACUUUUAUAUAUGUAUGUAAAUACAUAUAUGUUUAUAUAGCUUUCUUUUAAUUCUAAUACUCCACAAAAAUACUGGUGAAGAUAGCAUUAGUCAAGAGAUAUUUCAGUUUCUCUGCAUUUCAUGUAGCUGAUAGUGAAUAACUUGUUUUUAUCAAUGCUCAUUUUCCACCUUUUUUGCAUGUUACUUUUUCUUAUGCUACAUCUCUCAAUCAAACAAAAAAACCUGAUUUUUUAAAAUGCUUUUUUAAAAAUGUAAUUUCCAGAGUUUUACGGUUUUGUACUUUUGUGUUCUUUUUAAAGUAGCAAAUUCAGAUGUUAUUGGGUAGAAUGGUUUAAUAAAUUGAAUUUGAUGUAUAC